AUGUCCUGUGCUGCUGAAGACCCCCCCGAGCCCAAGUCCAUGAGCAGAGCCAGGGAGUGGACAGCAGAGGUGGAGAACCUGUUCCGAUUCCAGCUGGCAGGCUACAGAGAUGAAGUGGAGUAUUCACAAGUCAAACUAGGAGCUUCGGUUGACAAAUGGCCGAAGUCCGGCUUCGUGAAGAAGCUCCAGCGUCGAGACGACACGUUUUAUUACUACGACAGGAAACGUGAAUGUCAGGACCGCGAGGUCCAUAAAGUCAAAGUCUUCACAUAUUAG